GUGAGGUCACCCCAUUCCGCUCCACAAAGAGUGCCGUCAGGUAGCAGCCGCUGGCUUGUCUCUGUCCCGGGGAAUCUUCUGAGACCCAAGGACUUGUGAGCCGCAGUCACGACGGAGACCCUGAGAGGGACACGGAGCGCUGGGAAACGAGGACCCUCCGUGCGCUGACCCUGGGAGGCCCAGACCAGGGGCAAAAGUCUCGCAGGCCUCGGGAGCAUCAUCCAGCAGUUCCGGGAGGCCCAGGAAGCCCACGGCCUGGCUUGGGCACCGUCACCGCCGCCAGGCCACCAUGGUCCUCGGCUGGCUGCUGCUUCUGGUAAUGGCUCUGCCCCCGGGCACCACAGGCGCCAAGGACUGUGUGUUCUGUGAGCUGACCGACUCCAAGCAGUGUCCCGGCAUCCACAUGCGCUGUGGCGACGAUGAGGAAUGCUUCACAGGCAUCGGGGUGGCCCCGGGCCUCGGCCCCAUCAUCAACAAAGGCUGCAUACAGUCCACGUCCUGCGGUCACGAGGAGCCGGUCACCUACAUGGGCGUCACCUACACGCUCACCUCCACCUGCUGCUACGGCCACAUGUGUAACAGGGCCCCCAAUCCCGCAGGCCGUCGGACGGAAGGGGUCGCCGCCGGCCUGGUGCUGGGCGUGCUGCUGCUGCUCCCACAUUUGCUUUGACCAACCCGAAGGGCAGGGCCUGGGACUGGUCUCCCGGCUCCGCUGCUCCCCGAGCCCCCCGCCUCCACCCCUUCCCCCCCAUUAAAUGGCCAGAGGCCCUGGACAACCUCGUGUGGCCCCGGCUUCAUCCAUUACCAGGGCUGUCCGCCCGGAGCCCGGGGCGAAGCAUCCUCAGGCCGCCGAACACGGCCCGAAGGGUUUGGCUGGACCCCUCUACUGUAUUUCAUGGGUUCUAAGACGUGUAGCUUUUCCCAUGUCGAUCGGGAUGCUUCUUUUUGUCGGGGGCACCUUAGAGUCGAUGAAAUAUGGUUCAAAUGAACAACGACAAUAAACAACCGCUAACGU